AUGGGGUACUGCUAUUUUGCAGACCCCGGACAGAUCAAAAAGAAGAGAAACAUUCCUGUAGACAACAUUGACCUGGAGCAGGGUGACCGACCGUUGCGAGCGCACAAGUCUUGGCAAUAUCCUCGGAAGAUCCGAAGGUAUGACCACUAUUGUAAAUGGGUUAACAAUGCCAUCGGUCUGCUUAACCACCGAGAGUUCGUUCUCAUGUUGGUUGGCCUGUGCCUGCUUGGCCUGUUUGGGAUAACCCUGGAUGGCUACCUUGCUUUGCUCCUCGCAAAGAAGGGCCUGUGGGAAGCCGAGGUAGCGGUGGUAUCGCACCUCGCGUUCUCAGUGGGACUCCUCGCGAUUGAAGUUCCCAUCUUCCGAAUCCACAUUGGCCUGGUCUCCAGGAACGAAUUGGGGCACGAGUGGAAGAACAACUUGCACUAUGUGGCCAACCAGACCUCCAUGGGAGACGGGAUACCUGUGCACGAGCUGGAUGACGACGAGUAUAACGAACUCUUCGAUCAGAAAGCGUUUGUUUAUGACAAGACCAGGAACCACUGGGACGAAGGCUGCGCAACAAACUGCUGGAAGUUUUGGUGCUGGCCGCGCUGGCCAGCUGCCCUGGGCUGA